UAGCAGGAAGGCCUUUAAUCUGUUUUCUUAACAUAAUUACUGUAGUGUUUCAUACUUUAAAAGGCAGGAAGAUAUAAUUGACUUUAUUUUUUAAUCUGGGCAGCUUUAUGAAUUAGACCUAGUAACCCAGUUUGCUAGAAUGUAAAUGUUUAAGCAUUAUGUCUAGCUCUUUUUUUUUCCUUGCCAGUAAAAUGUGUUUUUAAGUACUAUGGCCUGUUUGGAACAGUUUUGAAACGAGUUGACAUUAGUAUCAUCUGUAGUUCACUGUUGAGUUUCAAAGGACAACGCCCGACUUCACCAGAACACAGCUGCUUUUUCAAGCAUGGACAGACUUUUCACUGGAAGGUGAUGUUUGUACUGAUGAGAAAUGAGCUAGAUGUCAAUGUGUUAGGUUGAGUAAUAAUUGCAUUUCAUGUUGAUCUGUCAGCUACAAUUAUAAUUAACUUUGAAGAUCAGAAUUUCUCUUUUCCAGGAGAAAGCCUAUCAAAUUCAUAAACUUGGUUUUAGGUAAAUUUAAAUGUCUGUUUUGCAGAGUGGUUAUCUUAAUCCAGGACUGAAAAUUACAUAAAUGAAGAUGAUUUAUUACCCAGUGGUUGAAACUGUUUUGUUGAGGUUUGGAAGGGUUGGUACAGUAGGCUUCACUAGACUUAGCUGCAACUCAGAAUUUCUCCUCCAGCACCUGAGUAAAUGCUGAUGGUCUUGUGGAGAGUGGAUUAAGAGUACGAGCUAAGUUCUCAAUCCCAAUUAAGAAGCGGAGGAAAAUUUAAACUGUCUCCUUCCAAGUUUAUCACAACCACCACCAUCGAGACAGCAAACCAAAGGACAAAGACUUUGACCUGCUGUAUUGUUCUGUGUAGUCCAGUUCACAGACUUGGCUGGGGUUACUAAUAAGUAAAUAAAAAGUCGGACACUUCUGUCAUUGGAUACUUACAAGUUCCCAGAAUGAGGGCUGUACUGGAGACAGCAGACAUUGCCAUAGUGGCCCUGUAUUUUAUCCUGGUCAUGUGCAUUGGGUUUUUUGCCAUGUGGAAAUCUAAUAGAAGCACCGUAAGUGGAUACUUCCUGGCGGGGCGCUCUAUGACCUGGGUAGCCAUUGGUGCCUCUCUGUUUGUGAGCAAUAUUGGGAGUGAGCACUUCAUUGGGCUGGCAGGAUCUGGAGCGGCAAGCGGAUUCGCAGUGGGUGCUUGGGAGUUCAAUGCCUUACUGCUUUUGCAACUUUUGGGAUGGGUUUUCAUCCCAAUUUACAUCCGGUCGGGGGUAUACACCAUGCCUGAAUACUUGUCCAAGCGAUUCGGUGGCCAUAGGAUUCAGGUCUACUUUGCAGCCUUGUCUCUGAUUCUCUAUAUCUUCACCAAGCUCUCAGUGGAUCUGUAUUCAGGCGCCCUCUUUAUCCAGGAGUCUUUGGGUUGGAACCUUUAUGUGUCUGUCAUCCUGCUCAUUGGCAUGACUGCUUUACUGACUGUCACCGGAGGCCUUGUUGCAGUGAUCUACACAGACACCUUACAGGCCCUGCUCAUGAUUGUUGGGGCCCUCACACUUAUGAUUAUAAGCAUGAUGGAGGUUGGCGGGUUUGAGGAAGUUAAGAGAAGGUACAUGUUGGCCUCACCCAACGUCACGUCCAUUUUGUUGACAUACAACCUUUCAAACACAAAUUCUUGUAAUGUCCAGCCUAAGAAAGAUGCCUUGAAAAUGUUGAGGAAUCCAACAGAUGAAGAUGUUCCGUGGCCUGGAUUCAUACUUGGACAGACCCCCGCCUCAGUGUGGUAUUGGUGUGCUGACCAAGUCAUCGUGCAGAGGGUCCUAGCUGCCAAAAACAUUGCUCAUGCCAAAGGCUCUACUCUUAUGGCUGGCUUCUUGAAGCUUCUGCCAAUGUUUAUCAUAGUUGUCCCAGGAAUGAUUUCCAGGAUACUGUUUGCUGAUGAUCUAGCUUGCAUCAACCCAGAGCACUGCAUGCAGGUGUGUGGAAGCAGAGCCGGGUGCUCUAAUAUCGCUUACCCACACCUGGUGAUGAAGCUGGUUCCUGUGGGCCUUCGGGGCUUAAUGAUGGCGGUGAUGAUUGCAGCUCUCAUGAGUGACCUGGACUCUAUCUUUAACAGUGCCAGUACCAUAUUCACCCUUGAUGUGUACAAACUCAUCCGCAAGAGUGCAAGUUCCCGGGAGCUAAUGAUUGUGGGAAGGAUAUUUGUGGCUUUUAUGGUGGUUAUCAGCAUAGCAUGGGUGCCGAUCAUCGUGGAGAUGCAAGGAGGCCAGAUGUACCUUUACAUCCAGGAGGUGGCAGAUUACCUGACACCUCCGGUGGCAGCCCUGUUCCUUCUGGCAAUUUUCUGGAAGCGCUGCAAUGAACAAGGGGCUUUCUACGGAGGAAUGGCUGGAUUUGUGCUUGGAGCAGUCCGUUUGAUACUGGCUUUUACAUACCGUGCCCCGGAAUGUGACCAGCCUGAUGAGAGACCCAGUUUCAUCAAAGACAUCCAUUACAUGUAUGUGGCCACAGCAUUGUUCUGGAUCACAGGACUCAUUACUGUGAUUGUUAGCCUCCUCACCCCACCUCCCACGAAGGAGCAGAUUCGCACCACCACCUUUUGGUCCAAGAAGAACCUGGUGGUGAAGGAGAGCUGCUCUGCCAGAGAGGAACUGUACAAAAUGCAGGAGAAGAGCAUGCUGAAGUGCAGUGAGAAUAGUGAGGCCAUCAACCACAUCAUUCCCAAUGGGAAAUCUGAAGAUAGCAUCAAAGGCCUUCAGCCAGAAGACGUCAAUCUGUUGGUGACCUGCCGAGAGGAGGCCAACCCAGUGGCAUCCGUGGGCCACUCUGAGGCAGAAACACCAGUAGAUGCUUAUUCCAAUGGGCAAGCAGCUCUCAUGGGAGAGAAAGAGAGAAAGAAGGAAAUGGAGGCUGGCAGCCGCUACUGGAAGUUCAUAGACUGGUUUUGCGGCUUUAAGAGUAAGAGUGUCAGCAAGAGGAGUCUCAGAGACCUCAUGGAGGAGGAGGCUGUUUGUUUACAGAUGUUAGAGGAGACUCCCAGAGUAAAGCUGAUACUCAACGUUGGACUUUGUGCUGUGUGUUCACUUGGAAUUUUCAUGUUUGUCUAUUUCUCCUUAUGAACUUAAGAUACGGUGAGACACUUGAGAAAAUACUGGUCUUUGGAAAAAAAUUAUGUGACUGUUGCAUCUCAGGCAUUGUUUACGCGGUAGGUUUUAGUCAAAUUUUACUUAGCAGAAAAUCAUCUAUUUGCAAGACUUUAUUUUUCCCAGAGAUGGAAGAAGUAAAUCUUCAAUUUAAAUGAAGCAAACCUUGUUUAACAGACUGACUUGUGCAAAUGUGGUUUAAAAUUUUCCAUACCAAAGUAAGGAAAGACUAAUUCUCACAGAUCUUUUAAGCAAGAAUAGAUGUUAAGAUACCGUGAAGAAGAUAUGCUGUUUGCACUGCUAAGUCUUGAUAGAUUUUAUGCUGAAGUAGAAGAUUUGCUCAUUUCUAAGUUUUUUUCCCCUGCCUCUGUGAUGCCUACUCAAAAACAAAAGCCAGUUCCUAGACAUUGUACAGUCGGUCGUGUGCUGAAAGUGUAACGUGCUUGUGUUGUACUUGUUUCAGGACGGUAGUUUGCCAGGUUCAUUUUGUUAGCAUGAGUCUGAAUUCUGAUUGCCAAGAGAAAGAAUGUUUCCUGUAGGUAUUUUUGUACCACUUGUAUAUAAAAUGUUGGGGGGGAAAUAUUCUGAUUUCCAUUUUUUUUGUUUUUUCUCCGUUCCUCCCCCACUACCACCUUAAAGUUUCAGUGAACUGUAUUGAAAUGACCAUCACAUCUGUGAAGUUACAUGUCAUAAUUAUAUUGUUAAAUGAUUAUGGGACUAGUUGGGGCAGAACAUGAAGUAAGGGUUGUAUUGACAGUUCAGUUUGUUCAUAUAGCUUGGGAAUUAGCCCCCUGGGCAGUGUUUGAUUAACUUAUACCAAACAUAACUGCUCAUAUUCUGUAAUUUUCUAGCUGUGUUCUUGUCAUUUGAAAUGCUUUCUUAAGUGGGUCCAGUUGAAAAGUAUAUUCAGAAUCUCACAUUCUGUGUGCUAUGUCACCCUGCUGGAUUAGAGCAUAAUGUGUUGAGGCUUGAGGCAGAUUUAAUUCUGAGAUCAUGUUGUGUCCUUGAUUGGGUUUUUUCAUCAAGACUUGCAUCCUACACAGCCUCAAUAUUUUUAUUGUUAUAAUGACUUAGACAGUAUUUUUAUUGUUACAAUGCUAGCUGGCCAUCAAUAUCAGAAAACUCAAAGAAUGCACGCUUCCAUUGAUAGCUGGUCAGUAAAUCUUUCUAUAGGAUGGAUAACCUGUUAGAAGUGCUGUGAGCAAGAACUGUUGGGUUUAGUAGUGUGUCUUAUGUUAGUGUGUCUUAUGGUAGAUGUUAUAGGUUGUUUGCAAUCGUAGUGCCCUUGUUUUGGUUCCUGGUUGCAUUCUUCAUGGUGGAAAUCUAUUUUUCACAGGCUGUUUCCUCUUCAUGAGGAUAGGUCAGGGUGCAAAAAAUGUUAGAGAGAAGCUCUCCAGAUUGUGUAGUUUGUGUCUGUGUGUUUUGUCCUUUGUCCUCCUUAAAAUAUGAAGGAAGCUAAUUAUGUAUUUACUUUCUUUGACUUUGUUUAAUCUCUGAUACUUUUUAAAUUGCAUGACUUUAUUAAGAUAUUCUUUAGGGGAAAUUACUUUUAUAGAUGCCUAUACUUUUGUAGAUUUUGAAUCAAAACUCAGUCCUGAUGACUUAAAUUUUUUCUUGUAGUCUAUGAACUAGUUUUCAUUAUGAUGGACUUGAUUAGUCCAAGUUGAUUUUAGAAAUUAUCAGGUAAUUUAAUGUCUUCCUGUCUUCAGGAGACUUUCUGAAAGACUGAGCCUGUUGAUGGAAAAACGGUUCAUGUAUGAACAGCAUGUAAUUCUGAAGAGCUUAGAGUGCCUUGUUACCUUUUUUCUGUUUUUCUCCAAUGUUAUUCUUGAAGUUUAUAACCUGAGGACCAAAUAGGUAAGGGACCAUCCUUUUCUUCUUUUUCAUGUAUAGAAGUUAAGGCUAUAGCAUGUCCAGGGUUAUAAAUUCUAAGUCUGUUGGGGGAGAAUAGAAAUCCAGUCUCCAGAUCUGGAUUCAUGGUUUGUCCAGAUGUGUAUGGACAAAGGGUUUGUCUUUUUUUUUUUUUUUUUUUUUUUUUAAUCAAAGGAACUCUUCU